AUGGAGCGGCCACGGUGCAGUGCGGCGGGGUGCGGCAACUUUGCUGCGGGCUUCUGGGGUGAUGAAGGUGACGGUGGGUUGUGCAAGGCGUGCCGUAGGGGCGAGGGACCGGACUCAGCCAAGCGCAAGCGCGAGGCCGAGCUGGAGCGGGCGGCCGAGGCCGAGGCGGCGCGGAAGAAGCGGGCGAAGCUGCGGGACUACCGCGAGGCCCAGGCGCCUUGCGUGGGGUGCGGCGGCCGCGAGAUGCUGAGCGUCGAGGCCCGGUCGGGCCAGUGGAACCGCUACACGCUGCCGUCGGGCGAGGAGCGGGAGGGCUGCCUCCCGCAGCUGCCCGGCAUCGCGGACGAGGUGGUGGGCGUGGUGAUGAAGCUCUGCGUGGACUGCGGCACUAUCGUCGGCUUCGACUCAGCAGCGCUCAAGGCCGCCAUCGCCCGAGCCGAGGUCAUCGAGGAGUAG